AUGAAGCGAGCCGGGCGAAUCGCUUGGACUAAUGUUUGCCGUCGCGGUGCUCGCAGGUGUUUUGCUACGUCUCUACCCUCCACUUCUUGCUGUCGUCGAACCUCCCUUCAGUCAGCUCUGAGAACUACAGCAGUGCCGCGUCGAACGGUAAUUUCGUCAGCGCAGUGGACAUGCACCCCGAGAGUGUUUCCCACCUCGGGGGUCAAGUUGCUGGACCAGUCCGCUGAGCUUGACGAGGAGACACUGCCGAAUUACCAACUCGAGAAAUACUACCCAGUCACCCAGGGUGAAGCACUCAAUGAUCGGUAUCAAACCCUUGCCAAACUAGGAUACGGAGUCACUUCCACAGUUUGGCUGGCGAAAGACUUGGUUGUAUCGACAUAUGUGGUUUUAAAGGUCUACAUCACGGGCCAGAACCGGGACCUUGAGCGAGAACUAGACAUUUACAAGCGCAUUAAUUCAAUGGAAGCACAACACCCCGGGAAAAACUUCAUUCGUAAACUUCUCAACUAUUUUUAUCUCCAGGGCCCUCAUGGCUGUCACGCCUGUCUUGUUCACGAGCCUCUCGGAAUGACUGCAGAUUUUCUAGUAAGGGUGGCUCCUCGGAACGAAAAAACCCUUGAUUUCAUGAAGCCUGCUAUCCGACAGCUACUCGUCGCCCUGGAUUUCCUGCAUUCAGAGUGCCAUAUCAUCCAUACAGGUUAUAUGCUUACCACCCCCCUUGAGGAUCUUGAUGUUGGCACAGAUCUCCAGCUGAAGAACCUACUACUUCCCGGCCCGGAGACAAGCCAUCUUUUCCAAUUCGAAGAGCGUGAAGUUGGAAACCCAACACCCCGAAAGAAGCUUAAAGAUCGAACGAUCUAUAAGUCUUUAGGUUUUCUCUCUCCGGGCGGACUGCCAAUUCUCGCUGAUUUUGGAGAAGCUCGAUUUGGCGAUAAAAGGCAGAAUGGCGAUAUUACGCCGAUUGUUUAUAGAGCUCCGGAAGUGAUUUUAAGGUCGAGCUGGGACUAUAAGGUAGAUAUAUGGAAUAUUGCUAUGGUUGCCUGGGAUAUUGUCAGCUCUCGCACCCUGAUCAAUGGCAAAAAUCCAGAUGGCAUAUUUGAUGAUCGGGUCCAUAUAGCAGAACUGAUUGCUCUGCUAGGCCCUCCACCCCCCGAAUCCCGGGAACAGAGACACCUCAGCUCAGCCUUCUGGGAUAAGUCGGGGAAGUGGAAGGAGGUUGCCUCUAUUCCAGAUAUUACCCUCGAGAGCCUGGCCUCGGAGGUGGAAGGGGAAGGUAAAGAGGGGUUUUUUCGGUGGCUCCGAAUGGCCUUGCAGUGGAACCCCGACGACCGGCCCACGGCUUUGGAACUCUUGUUCGACGAGUGGAUGAUGAAGGGACCUUGA